GGGCGUUAAAGCUCCAAUUAAGAGUAAGCCAAUCAAUGUAAGAACUAGUCUGACCCCUUGCUGACCCCUCGAUACUAGAAUCGCAGUAUUUGAACACUGUGUGCUGCACUGGGAAGUGUUUGUCACACCAGGACCAGCACUGCAAAGAUGUCUCCAUUCUCAGCCUUGCGAGUGGCAGGUCUCCUGGCCAGGCGAGGGGUCGCUGUGAACAUCAGUGUGCGGGCUGCUCAUGGGCACGAGAUUUCCAAACAGGAAGACAUGUCUCUGCCAAUGUACUGGGACCGCAAGGACACCCCCUUGCCUGACAUCCCGUUCCAAAAGGCCCUGACCGCGGACCAGCAGUCCCUCAAGCAGAAAGAGCUGGGCUCCUGGAAGAACCUCUCUGAGGAGGAGAAGAUCGCCUUGUACCGCCUGGCAUUCAACCAGACUUUUGCAGAGAUGAAAAAGCCAACCCAAGAGUGGAAGACUGUGGUGGGAGGCGUGCUGAUCUUCAUCGGCCUCACCGGGCUGGUGGUGUGGUGGCAGCGGGUCUUCGUGUUGCCGCCCCAGCCGCACACCCUGAAGGAGGAUUGGCUCGCAGCACAGGCCAAGAGGAUGAUUGACAUGCGAAUCAAUCCAGUCGAGGGCUUCUCCUCCAGCUGGGAUUACGAGAAGAACCAAUGGAAGAAGUAGAGGGGGAGGGCAGCCUCUAUUACUGCUCCUGAUCCGUCCAGCUGCCCGUUUACCUGAAUGUCCUGAUUGACCUGUACGCUGUGAGCACACUGUAACCCACCUUCACUUAGUCCUGCCACUCGCUUUGGGACACAUCUACUAAGAUUUUGAUCCAGCGCAGUGCAACGUUUACCCCAUGUCUACCGUUUCAGAACAAGAAAUAAACUGUUAAUUUCAAAGUCUUUGUCACAUUUUCAAUAGUUUCUUUCUAGUUUUGAAACAAUGAAGUUUAUUUCUCUUAGGAAAGUACUUUUCAUUGUGGUGGUGGGGAAAGUACUUUCCUAAGAGAGUCAAAUUCCUUUUUACAAACUCAUCACUAAAUGAAAUCUGUUUUGCGGUUAUUUCUGUGGAAUGCACCUUAGUGGAUUUUUUCAGAGCGUUGGGUGACCUGUAUACACGUGUGACUCCAAGAAGCAAGGGAAACUUUACUCUUUCAUUCUGCCUCUCUGAUUUGUACUAAAUAUACAUGAAUUAAAUAAAGAAUACAAAGUCUAACCUGA